AUGCGUGGAGUCCUGCUGCAGUGUGACGUGCCAACCAAAGAGUUCAUACUGAGCCUGAACGAUAGCAAGCCAACCAACGAGCGCUUUGUUAUCUUGGAUCUGGACGAUACGCGACUCUUCGUGCAACCCACCGUCGUCGAGUGGCUGGAGAAGCGCCUGAAGGAGUUCAACGAGGAGAACACGUACCAGCCUCCCCGCCGCGAGGACAUGCGCUAA